CAGGCAUUCACACAAAGGUGGCGGCGUCGUUUUUUAAACGAAAACAACAUUUAACAGCAUAAAAACAUGUAUAAAACCAAUCGCAGGAGUUCCCUGCGGAAGGCGCCAAGCAAUGAGGAGGAAACAAACACGACGGCGAUGCGGAUCAAGCGCCGCAUCAGCUUCAGUGGAAAGAAGUCCGUGAGGGAAUUCGUGAACACGGAGGAGCCCAAGAACUGGAACCACUCGUACGAGGUGUCCGAUCACCUCGGUGCUGAGGACAGCUCGGGAUCGAAAUCGAAAUCGAGCACACAAGCGGCAAGGGGUGAGGAAAAGGAGAAUAUCCCGUUACCGGCAACCAGCGUCUGCGAACGCAGCCACAUCGAUAGCACGCUGAAUCUACAGACCAGCGUGGAUGUGACUCUUUUGCCCUGCGAAAUGUCAAGGAAAAACCACAUGACACUGGACGCGGACCGGGAUUCGCCGGCCCUUACGCAGGAGGAACGGCAGGGGCUUCAGGACACUCUCUACGGCCGUCGGAUUAUGGACAAGACCCUUGAUCUAAUGUCAGGCUCUUUGGUAGCCAGAUUUCAAAAGUCCGUUCUCCACAAUGCAAGUGUCGGGGAGCUGGCACCCAUCAGCGAAACGGAGAGAAGCAUACAUACCACACCUAAUUGUAUGAGUGACUCCUUUAUGGACAUCACGCCACUUGGUCCUACUCUCGCCGUGCCUGCGCCUCAGCAUCCCGUACAACAGAGUAAGAGGCAACUGGAACCCGAGGACAUUGAGCUAGAAAUGUUUGAUGCUCAGCAGAAUUUGAUGGCCAACGAUAAGGAGAACAUCUGUCCGGCACAGAAGUCACAUUUCAUGGAGCUGGAGGCGGGGGAAACCGAAAAGCCCGUCAAGAACAAGACCCAACAUGAAGUCGUGGAUAUAUCCUUUUCUUGUUCAUUGAAUGUUUCCUCGGACAGGAACCUCAAACCACAAGCCAAUAUAUCCUUCGAGAGCGCCAGCAGCGCCAAUAGCACCAUCAACUAUACGGACGAUUCCCCGCUAAUACCCCUCGACAUGAUAUCGGGUAAGCGUAUCAGCAAGAAAAUCAACUUGCGUCAACUAAACGACGGGUUGGAAGCGGGCCAGAUUCAGGUCUUUCCAAAUGGUCCCAAGACACCCACAACGGAUCGCAAGGCCCAGAAGAAACGUUACUAUCAAGGCCUGUGCCUGGAGGAAAUGGAAACGGAUGAGGGGUGUCCCACGCGGGACAUAAAGAGCAGCAUCAAGCCACGGGGAAUGCUGAAUUUUAGCGAAUGCAUGGCUAUAUCCCCGCCACCUGUAGCUCCCGUUCAAAAGGAGUUUAAGGAUAAACCAAAUGAUAAAGAGAAGGAUAAGGAUAACAAGCGUAAAUAUAGAUUCUCCCAGGCGGAUGAGAUGAUGCUGGAUAACACAAACUUCUUGGCUCACGCCCGACUUGGGGAUGAAACGCAGUCCAGAAAUACUUCCAAAAACUCGACGCGAAGGGAGACCACCUACGACUAUUCUGAAUUGGAUAUAGAACGACCAGUAAGCAGGCAGGCAGACCUUCAUCAUCCCAUGCCCAGCUUUAAGCCUCGGCAAACUAUUCAUCAGACUGAAGAAAUAGAGGCGGGUCAAUCAGCAAUUCCUGCCGUGAAAACCACAGCUCCUCCACCUCGACGCACUAUUCAUCAGACAGAAGAAAUGGAGGAGGAUACAUCAAUAUCAUUCUCCACGAUUCCUGCCAUGAAAACUACAGCUCAUCCUCCACCUCGACGCACUAUUCAUCAGCCUGAAGAAAUGGAGGAGGAUCUGUCAAUGGCAUUCUCUGCCAAUUCUGUCGUAAAAACCACAACUCCUCCUCCGUCUCGACUCACCAGUCAUCAGCCUAAAAAAAUGGACGAAGAUCAGUCAAUAGCAUUCCCUGCGAUUCCUGCUGGGAAAACUACAACUGAUCCUCCACCUCGACGCACUAUUCAUCAGCCUGAAGAAAUGGAGGAGGAUUUGUCAAUAGCAUUCCCUGAGAUUCCUGCAGUGAAAGCUACAACUCAUCCUCCACCUCGACGCACUAUUCGUCAGCAUGAAGAAAUGGAGGAGGAUCUGUCAAUAGCAUUCUCUGCGAAUUCUGUCGUAAAAACCACAGCUCCCCCGUCUCGACUCACCAGUCAUCAGCCUAAAAAAAUGGACGAGGAUCAGUCAAUAGCAUUCCCUGCGAUUCCUGCUGGGAAAACUACAACUCAUCCUCCACCUCGACGCACUAUUCAUCAGCAUGAGGAAAUGGAGGAGGAUUUGUCAAUAGCAUUCCCUGCGAUUCCUGCAGUGAAAGCUACAACUCAUCCUCCACCUCGACGCACUAUUCAUCAGCCUGAAGAAAUGGAAGAGUCACUAUCAUUCCCUGCAAUGACUGCCGUGAAAGCCACAGCUCCCCCUCCGCUUCGACGGACUUUGUAUCUAAAUGAAUCCCUGGAUCAGGAGGUCACAGAUAGAGCGAAAGAUGCCAGGGAAAAGGCCACAGCUCCAGCUUAUGCAACCAUAAAAACUAAACGCCGGGAAACUCUCUUAAUGCAGGUGAGCAUGGAAGAGGAGAUCAUCUAUCCCGCCACGGAACUACACUCUGUUUCUGUGGAAAAGAUAAAUGCCCAACCGAGGAACACACUUCAUGUGGCAGAGGAACUGAAAAAUGAAAUUAUAGUAAACCCAGGCCAGGAACUACCAUCAAAAGCAAGGAAAAAUGUUUUGUUAGACGAACCUAUGGAGGAGGAGAUUGUCUUUAGCCUGAAAGAUCCACCAGAUGACCUCCAGAUGGCUACCAAGUCAAGGCAAACACCUACAAUGGAACAAGAGCAAAUGCAACCUUAUUCCAAGGAGGAAUCAACUAUAUAUCCCUUGCAUAAAUCCAGAACUAUAACCAGGUCGGAAGCCAUAGAAGAGGAUGAGAGCAUUCUGCAGCCAAGGGAACCAUCACUUCAAAAGUACAAAACUUUAGCGGCACCUCGUCGGCCAAACACUAGGCACACUCUCCUAAUGGCUGAGCCCUUGGGGGAAGAUCAAACUCUUUCAAUGGCUGAGCCUUUGGAGAAAGAUCAUAUAGCUUCGUUUAAUUCAAAUAUUCCCAUACGAGAGUCGUCACGUUCAAAGGCUAGAAAUACUAUUCUAAUGGCAGAGCCGAUCCUGGAGGAUUUGGGUUGCAAUUCAACAGAAAGAAAGCCUGAAUCAAUGGAGAGCCAGAUAUCUGGGCAGGAUAUGGUUAAGGAAAUUGAAAAACCUGAAGAAAUAGAGCAGGACAUGGACUUGGAAAGUCCAACCAGCAGCAGGUUUCUAGAGCAGCAUCCAGAGCCCUCAAAACCUAGAAAAACUAUUUUACAACCAGAACCCAUCGAGGAGGAUGAGAUUGUUCCACAUUUAAGGCAGCAAUCGCGGCCAAAGGAACCCAUUAAAGAGCAGCUGCGCUCGCAUGAAGAGCCAAAAACUGUGUACCAGUCCUUUAAGCCUAGAAAAACAAUCAUAAAAUCGGAACCCAUAGAGGAGGAUGAGAUUGUUUCACAUAAGCUUCCAUCCUACUUAGGGGAACCCAUUGAAGGGGAUCUGCGCUCGCAUGAAAGAGAGCCAACUAAUAUGUACCAGUCCUUAAAGCCUAGAAAAACCAUCGCAAAUUCAGAACCCAUUGAAGAAACCCAAACCCUACAAGAGCAUAAUGAGACCUCCUCGUUGCAAUAUCGAGUGCAAAAAUUGAGACAAACUCUUGUCAAGGCUGAGCCAAUCGAGGAAGAUCCACCAUCCACCUACCAACUCCCCCCUCCACGUUUAAAGUCCAGAAAUACUAUUCUAGUGUCAGAGGAAAUUAUUGAGGAUUUGAGUUUCAAAUCAAUAAAUAAGCCUGAAUCCUUGGACUACCAAAGCCCUCAGGAGGCCAUGUUGAAGCCAAAUCCCCAGGUAAUCACUCCCAAGCCCAAUUCCAGGCUGACAUCGAUAUACAAAAUGAUGGCUACCAUUACGCCUGGCAUGUCGCUAUGCGAAUUCGAGGAUGAGGAGAAGAUGAGCGGGAUACCACAGGGUUUGGGGACACCGGUAAGCCAGGUAAAUCAAAAGCGACUGCCAAAACAUCUUACACCCAAUCUGCCAAAGUCGAAGAAGCGACACACCCAGCUCUUUGCCGAUAGUCAAAUGGAAAUGGAGAUUGACAUGGAGGAUGGUACGCUGGAGGGGGAGGCGCAUAAGUUCCUUCCGAGCUUCAGGAUCGAUAAGUUCGAUGAGACGGUGCAGCCGGUGAGGGAUUAUCACGCUAGACCGACUCAGUUGGGUCAAGUGAGCUCCCUAGAUGAUGUCCUGCAGUUUCCGCAGCCAUCGGAGCUGGAGGAAAAGCCAAUCACCAUCUCGGAUGUGACCAACUACUUUCUGAAGGAGAAGCAGGAGGAGCAGCGCAAGUCCAGUGACAGAGAAAGUGGCUCCUCCAAUGAUCGAACCUUCAAAAGCUAUGCCGUUGCCACUACCAAGUUUAUGAAUCUCUCCGGCGACACCACCAUUUUUGCCGGUGCCAUAGAUGUGGAUAAGGAGGAGGAGGAGGAGGGCGACGAGAUGGAACCACAAAACCAGAUAGACAACGAGCAGAUAAGUCUGGUUUCCACGCUGGCCGAGGAAACCGCCGAAAACGAACAGUUCGAGGAGCCAGAGCACCAGCCCCCCGACCUCUGCCAGGACCAAAAAACUCCACUUGUUAUUGCCGGAAGCAGUGCCUCGUGCAGAAAGUGCAGGAACUGCAAUCUUUCCUUGAGCGAGACUAGGCGAAGCAGCGAUUCCUUUGUGCUGCCUCAACUGAGUCUCUUCAACUUCACCAAAGACCGUGAACGACUGCGCCGGCAGCGGCUGAAGCCAACUUUUGAUGAAAUGCAAAUGCACUGGCAGAUCAAGAGUCAGGAAACGGAAAUGAACGAGUCCUUGGACGAGACGAAAGCGGAGGAGAGGCUUUUCCAUUGGGACAAAGUAAAGCUAAUGCAAAAGAUCAAGAGCUCAAGAUCAAAAUUGCAAAGAAAUCGAGACAAAGCUCCUGCCAAGUCGAGAGAGUCCUUCUUCGAUCGCCUGGAUCGCUUGCUUGCCGACCAGCAGCCCAACUGGAUCUUCGACUUCCAGCUAAAGGUAUCCCGGCAAUUGAUAUUCUACCACCGCCUGCUGACGACAUUUCGCAUUGUGGUCAAAUACAACGUGCUGGACGAGCAGGACGAGUCGACCAUACGCGUGUGCUCCGUUGCGGAGGACAAGGCGGCGGCUGGCGUUCCUCUCGAGCGAUGGACAUCAUUCGAGCACUACCUACACUUUCAGCUCAGUCUCAAGAUGCCGUCGAAUCUCGCCGAUGCACUUGGGGGUAGUAGCGAGGAGUGUUUCCUAAAGUUUCUCCAACGCAUCGAUCAGAUUGUUGUGGGGAUCAAGCGAACGUUUCACAAACUGAUGACAGUACUCACGGCGACGAACUCCAGGCUUUUGAGGCAAUCAAAUCGCAUCUUUGUAAGAAAGACCGUGCGUAAAUGUAUCGAGGACGAACCUCUUGUUCGCUUUGAACGGACCAAUUUCGACGUCCAAAUAGCCAAUGUCGAGGAGAUUUGCUUUAGUGACGUCCUGCAGCCGGAACUGUAUCUGUUCAAUGAAAACCUUCAGUUUUUGCCAAAAGGAAUUGCUUUUCUUGAAGCUUUUCUGCCCAAUCCAGAGCAAUAUCUUAACACUUCGACUUAGGCGUUUGGGUUGUUUGUUGUUUUUAAUUUCAUGUUUUAAUUUUAAUUUAUUUAAUCUAUAAAUGGUCUAUAAAAUAUAAAUGAAAACCAUUAGUAUUAAAAAAAACAAAGCUUGUUUAUAUGAUCAUUUCUUCGUAAACUGCGUAUUUACGUUUUUUGUAAAUUUUGGACUUGUAAACAUAAAAUAAAAGACUUAACAAAUAAAAAACAUGUAAUAUGUGUAUGGAA